AUGCAAACCCAUCCUCAUGGCCAUCCCAUUUCUGUGGUUGUUAUUCCUGACGAUUACCAAGCUCUCAAUAUCGACCAUUUUUGUAUUUCUCCUAAAUAUCAAAACUUUCUUGACAGCAUGAUGAUUCCGAAUGGCUUAAUUAAAGAUCGAAUCGAGAAAGUUGCUUCUGAAAUUGUGGAACACUAUGAAAGGGCCAAUGUUCAAAACCUCACAGCUAUCUGUGUUCUUAAAGGAGGAUUCAGAUUCUGUGCCGAUCUUGUUGAUGCGAUGGAGCGGACUAUUCGUGCUCGUGGAACUGCGAUUAAUAUUAAACCGGAUUUUGUCAGAAUUCGCAGCUAUGUGAAUGCCUCCUCCGGUGAUGAUAUCGCUCUAGUUGGCGUCGAAAAUCCGCAGGAUUACAAAGGAAAAGAUAUUCUAAUUAUUGAAGAUAUUAUCGAUACUGGUAGGACCAUGAAAAAGCUUCAUUCUUAUCUGAAGUCCUUAGAGGUCAAGUCUAUUACAGAUGUUAGUCUUCUAGUGAAAAGAACACCCGCUAGCAAUGGUUAUCGCCCUCUUUUCGCUGGGUUUGAAAUUCCUGAUCAUUUUGUUGUUGGUUACGCUUUGGACUAUAACGAUUUCUUUAGGGACCUCCAUCACAUUUGUAUCAUAAACACUGCUGGUAUGGAAUACUUCGCAGUGCCAGAGACUAUAGCUGGUCGCCUUAAUGAUGCGGAGCAACAACAGAAGAAUUGUUCGUGA